AUGAACCGCACUAGUUUUGAAACACUCUGUGGCUUCCUUAAAAACCUGCACAAAGCCGACACAAACUGGCGCAACGCGAUUCCAUUGCAAAAACGCGUUGCGAUAGCUCUAUUUACGCUGGGAUCGUCUGGAGAGUACAGAGUGGUUUCCGAACUAUUUGGUGUUGGAAUAUCGACCGUGUGCACAAUCUUGUGGGAGUUUUGCGAGGAAGUCUGGCAAGCUUUGUCAGCGCAAUACAUAAAGAAAUUACCACCGACUCCACAAACUUUAAAAGACUGUGUUGAUGGUUUUGACCGUCUCGGCUUUCCCCAAUGCCUUGGAGCAAUUGAUGGGUGCCACAUCGAAGUUAGGCCGAAUCCAGCCGAUGCAACCGACUACCACAACUAUAAAGGAUGGUAUUCCAUUGUUCUACUAGCUGUAGUGGAUUACAGAUAUCGGUUUUUAUAUGUGAACAUUGGUGCUCCUGGACGAUGCAAUGACUCGCAGAUAUAUAAUGCAUCGUUAAUGAAGCGAGUAAUGGAGGAGAACGAAUUACUGAAGGUCAGUAAGAAAGAAAUAGAUGGAGUACAAAUGCCUAUAUGCAUUAUUGGAGAUUCUGCGUUUCGCUUUCAAAGUGCAGAAGAGUAG